GUUCUUUCUACACUACGGCGUAGCCCACUCACGCAGAGCGGUUGCUUCGCGAAAUCUCAGUGCACGCACGGUUCACCCCUUUUUUUCCUCCAUAUCAAAUUCAUCUUCUCUCGUCGCCGUCUGUCACAGAAGACUCAAACCAACCCUUUCCACACCCAAAUAAACCCUUUUUCUUCCUCGCUUCGGACGGCUUUUUUCCCCUCUUUUCUCACGUUCCUGCACCGCUGCCAAAAUGUCAGACGACGAACCCGACCAUGAGCUCCUCGCCCUCCUCCGGCAACACCUGCAGGGCAAGCUCACGAUCGAGGAGGAGCCCGAGACGGGAGUGCUAGAGGGGGCCGAGUUCGUCUACGACAACAGCAUCGACGUGUCCAUCGACAUGCGCUCCUGCAAGAACGCGGCCGCCGCCAUCUACGAGCAGAUGCAGCAGAAGCAGUACUCGCCCGCGACCUGGUCCACCCACGAGCUGCACCCGGACAGGCAUGUGAUCGGGGCCGAGGCCGCCGUCGCCUUCGUCUUCGUCAUGGACCUGCUGAAUUUCUCCUUCUGGUCCGACCGGUCUGAGACGGAGCGGUUCGCGGUCGAGUACCGCGGCAAGCGCUGGACGGGGUACUGGAGCCUGGUGGCUGGCUUGCAGCGGGCGCUGGAGGAAGGCAUUCCCAUCACCGACCCCCAUUUCUGGCAAGAUGAAGAGGAGUGCACCCUGGAUGUCCUGAGGCAUGUCUUCCGGUCUUGUACGGAUGAGGAGAUGCCCCUCCUGGCCGAGAGGUUAGCUUGCUUGCGCGAGGCAGGACAGGUGUUGUACGAAAAAUACCAGUGCCACCCCGUAAACCUGGUAGAGGCGGCCAGGGGUUCUGCUGCGCGCCUUGUCAACCUGCUAGCCCGGGACUUCAGUUGCUUCCGCGAUGAGCAUCACUUCCCGGGGCGACGGGAGCCGGUCCGCAUCCUCAAGCGGGCACAGAUUCUCGUCGCCGAUCUCUGGGCCUGCUUCGAGGGAGAGGACUACGGGGAGUUUCGGGACAUUGACAAGAUUACCAUGUUCGCGGACUACCGCGUUCCUCAGAUUCUCAAGACUUUGGGAUGCAUCUCCUACAGCCCACCGUUGGAGGCAGCAAUAUACCGCAAGGAGGAGAUACCACAAGGCGGGUCUUGGGAGAUGCAAAUACGGGCCUGCAGCAUCUGGUGCGUAGAGUUGCUACGCAGAGAAAUCGUCAGACAACAUCCCGGAACACACAUAAACGCCAUCCUCCUUGACUUCUUCCUUUACGACUCGAUAAAACAGAUGGAGCAAGAGGGAACGGAGCGCAGUCCACACCACCGGACAAGGAGUAUCUGGUACUGAGCCGGAGUUGCUAGAUUCUUGAGCGAGUCUCGUUGCUACCCAGUUAGACUAGACGGUUAGAGGUACCCAGUGCGGAUAGAGCCAGACAAAACCUCCCAGGAAUCAAAUGGAAAAA